AUGCUGAGACUCGAGACAAAGCAGACAGGUGUUAUAACAAUUAAAAAUAUAGGAAAGGGUCUCGUAAACCAUGCGAUAUACAGCAACAAGAUCCGCGAAAUCCUCUCUCACUAUCCGACAGGCCACUAUAUGAGUCUCGUUAGCGCAUACUCCCCGCUUUCUAUAUUCGACAGCAUCGGCGCCUUCAACAUUACCGACGUAACCGCCAACCAGACGUUAUUCGAAUUCGACGGAGUCGCUAAGAACCUUGCUGACCUGAUCUCACACAGCAUAUCUGCUAACGUCGAAAUAAACAUUACCGAGGAUGGCUUUGUUCGUUUCAUACUAACACAAGCAAUCACAGCAGAGAACCACUUCAUAAAUCUCAACCUCUCUCCGUCGGCUGCCUGGGCACUUGGCUUCGGAACCACCAAGCAACUAUUCUCCCGAAACCUUCCGCAAGGCGAACGGAGCAUCCUCCUCUCAGACAUCCCCUAUCCUCCCGUCACCCUCAAGUAUCUCCAGAUCAUCUGCAAGAACGUCUGCGGCACGUCUGACUCCAACAUGACAAUGCCGGCCUGCAUUGGCGUUAUGCACAUCACAAACAACUUCUCCCUCAUCAACCCCCACAUCGCCGUUAACCACCGCAUCAAUGAGGGCCGAAUCAUCGACAUAGAGAUCCUUGACCAAAACAACCGCCCAUUCACCCUCGCUCCCGUCUAUCUCGAACUCUUCAUCACGGAGUCUGCAGAACACGAAAAGAAGCAGGGGUUUUUUCGUUUCGAAAAGCCUCAUGCCAUCCUCCUGCACUCGCCCGUCGCCAAGCUGAGCGUCCCUGACUUUUUCUUCCUUGAGCCGACCUUCACCUUCGAAUAUGGCAAAGACGCAUAUAUCGAGGUAACAAGCAAGAAGGUCAGACGCUUCUACCCCCACAAGGACCCGUACUUCCUGUCGCUCCGCGGAACAGUCAUCACUAAGACCGCCAUGGUCAACAUCUUCAAAUACAUCAACAACUACUUCUUGAAAGAAAUAGGGCCUAACCCAAGCGGUCCCUAUAUCGCGGCCUGGUUAGAUGGAGACGAUCUCGUUCUGAUGACCACGGUAACCAUGCUAAUGAUAACGCCAGACUUUAUCACUGCCUGGCACAUCAGGAAGACGGAUCUUAUCAAGCUCUAUGAGGCGAUCUCUCCUACAACGCGCAUAAAGAUUCCGCCGUAUGUCUGGUAUAACAAGGACAGCCGCAUCAACCUCUACUGCAAAGAGUACCACGAGAGAUAUCCCAUCGUCUCUGCCCGCCGCAUCCACGACCGCUACCAAGUCAUCAACCCGCUGUUCUGGGCGUGGCACGAGCUGGAAAAGCCGACCAACAAGUUACACUUCCGCGCAGACCACAUAGUCACCUACCCCGACGGCUCUGUCGACGCAAGGCCCUUCUCUGCCAAGAUAGAGGGCGACUGGGCCCCCAUCUUCCAGCUCUUCUACAAGUGA